UGCUAAUAGACAAUCUUGGGGCCUCGGAGCAAACCCCCAAACAAAAAGCCGUGCAGACUCUCGAGAACCCAGACGGCUCAAUCGUAGGUCACGGUCGGACGGGUUCGACCUGUUUGCAUUCCCUCUAAACUCCGACGCAAACCUCCGUUAGCACGAGAGAGAGAGAGAGAGGGGCAGUCCUCCUGAGAUCGAGAUCUCAAUCUCCGGUACGAAGAAGAUGAUGUCUCCGCGGACUGGGGGGGAUCCUAUCUCUCGGAAGAGCGAUCCAGAUCCUUUCAGGCAAACGCCUCUGCAGAUUAUUCAUCUCAUUGGAAGCUUCUUGAGGAUAUGGUCAGUUUUCUCCAUGUACCAGUAUGUAACAGAGAAAGAAGUAUCGGUCUUGGUUUUCAUAUUUAGUUGUUUGGUUCCAUCAUCUGUAAUCUUCCUGGCCUCACAAAAACCUUGGAGAGGGCGAUCUCUUUCUAAUUCACAGGUAGUACCGUCCAUAAUAAAUGGAGGUAUUAUGGCUUUGUACUUCAUCUUAUGGGGGAAGGGCCUAAAGACAUGUGGACCCAUCAGAGUCAUACUGGCUGAGUAUGCUGGUGCUGUACUUGGAGUGCUAUCGGCAUUGCUACAUGGAAGAAGGGGUCAACUAUGGAAAAAGGUUGGUGGAUUGAUUGCGAUGGCUGCAUGUUUUUACUUUUUGUCUGAGGGAUGGGCUACAGCAACAUAUGCUCCUUUUUCUUUCAAGGAUAGAUCUGAUGUCAGCUCAGCACUUAAUAAGGAAAAGCCGUUGAAGAUGAAAGAAAUGGUGAUCCCCAUAGUUGCUGGAAUUCUGUCAGGUUUAAGGAGGGUGGUUGCACGACGUGUAUCUCUCAAGAAUCAGCUUAAAAGGAGGCUUCAUUCAAUAACAGUCACUUCUGCUGCUUGCUUUAUCUUUCCAUUUGCCAUUUGGGAGAUAGUGAUGGGCUCAACUCCACAGAGAAACUGGAAGCCAUGGUUUUCAUCCUGGGCUUACAUUAGCACUGUUCUUUUUGGGAUGGUUUUGAUAUUCUACAUUGACAGCCUUGCUGAAGAGAGAUUGCACAUGGUUGUUUCUUCUCCGAGGCAUCUAAUGGUUUCUGCCGUCUGUAUCAUCAUCAUGGCAAUCAUGUAUCAAAUGGAUUUUUCUCUUAUUGGCUUUCUAGUUUGCUCAUUAGUUCUGGGUGUGGGUAUUUUUGAGGCAACUUCCAUGGAGCGGAUAAGAAAAACAACCAGUAAUUCUCAUAGCUUAGUGGACGACACAAUCGGAAAUGACCAAUCAUUGUCUCUUCCUUCAUAGUGCGAAGUAAAUGUACUGCUGUAUUGAUUCUUCCAAAAUUUCUUCUCCUCUUCACCUGUGAUUAUGUUGAAAACAACCUUUUGUGUGAUUUAUGUUUAAACUAUAUAAUUCCAGGGAACGGGAAUGUGAUUAUGCA